AUGAAUACAAAUACAAAUAGAAUCGAGAAAACAAAUAGAUUAAUCAAUGGAAAGAAUGUCUUGGAAUUUAGAAGUUAUGAAUCUAUAUUUGAUGAAGAUCUAAUAGUUUUAGUUCAUAAUCAUUUGAAAGAUAAAGAUAAUGAACAACACACAAAUAUCAUAUUAAUCAGAAAUACUAAAACUAAUGAUGAGAUAGUAGUUCCAGAUACAGUCGAUACUCAAUAUCAAUUUAUAAUAAUCUUUCCAUAUUCACCCUUAAAUCUAUCGAUACUUUUAAACAAAUCAGAAUCAUACACAAUCAAUAUUCAAAAAAGUCAAUUCAAAGACACGUUUGACUAUUUCAAACAAAGACACAUCAUUAAUAACAAACAAUAUCAUUCAAUAUCAAGAUUUACAAACAGUAAUGAUAUCAAUGAUGUAUAUUUAGUGUGUGGUACUGAUGAAAAAAGAUUGGUAAGAUCAUUUUUCAAAGUAAUUAAUCAAUUGACAAUCAUAAAACUAACAAAAUCAAUUCAAAAGUAUGUUUAUAAAAAGAUAAACUAUAAAGGUAAAGAUAAUCAGAAAUCUUAUGAAAGAACUGAGAAUGAAAUCAAAUCAAUGAAAUUACUCAAAGGUAAUCGAAGAUUUGUUCAACUUGUUGACUAUCAUCAUGAUAAAGACAAUCAAAUCUUUCAUAUCAUCACUGAUUAUUGUUAUGGUGGUGAUCUUACUCAAAAGUAUAAACAUUUAACUGAUCAUAAUCUGAUCUUUAAAGAAUCAGAUAUUAGCGAAUAUAUUCGACAACUUUUCAAUAUUCUUUUGGAUCUUGAUAAACAUGGAAUUGUUCAUUGUGAUAUCAAACCAUCAAAUAUAUUCAUUGGUAAAUAUGGUACUUUGAUUCUUGGUGAUUUUGGAUGUUGUAAAUUCAUUGAUCAAUCAACAAUCAUUGAAUAUCAAGAUUCAAAAGUAUAUCUUGAACAACCUGUUGUCAUAACAAGUGUUUCGAAUUCGAAAGAAAUAUCAGAUCCAACUAUCGAUAUAGAUCCAAACACACUUAUAAAUGCAACUCGUGGAACACCUGGUUAUAUUGCACCAGAAGCAAUGAACAGACAAUAUGCACAAUCAUGUGACAUCUUUUCAAUUGGAUCAACAAUUCUCAAAUUAUUAUGUUGUCAUCAAGAUGAUCGAAAUAAUCAUGAUUUAUUCAAAUUAAAUAGUGAAAUUAAGAUUUCAGAAUGUAGAUAUUCAAAACAAUUGAUUGAAUUUAUUCAUCGAUUGUUGGAUCAGAGUCCAAAGAAUAGAGAAUCAUUGAAUCAAUUAUUAAACCAAUAUAUUGAAACCAUCACCAAUCAACAUUUAAUUACAUUCAAUUUAAAUACUACAUUCAAAAACACCUCAGUAAAUAUCACUGAAAUCAAAUUUGGUGAUGGAUUUAAUCAACCUUUGGAAUCUAAUUCACUCCCUCCAAAUCUGAAAUCAUUAUCAUUUGGAUAUUCUUUCAAUCAAAUAUUAUCAGUUGGUGUGUUACCUGAAUCACUGCAAUCAUUGGAGUUUGGAUAUUCAUUCAAUCAAAUAUUAUCAGUUGGUGUGUUACCUAAAUCACUGACAUCAUUGAAGUUUGGAAGGGAAUUUAAUCAAAUAUUAUCAGUUGGUGUGUUACCUCAAUCACUGAAAUCAUUGGAGUUUGGUGAUAAAUUCAAUCAAAUAUUAUCAGUUGGUGUGUUACAUGAAUCACUGAAAUCAUUAUCAUUUGGAUAUUCAUUCAAACAAAUAUUAUCAGUUGGUGUCUUACCUAAAUCACUUGAAUCAUUGGUGUUUGGAAAUGAAUUCAAUAAAAUAUUAUCAGUUGGUGUGUUACCUGAAUCACUGAAAUCAUUGGUGUUUGGUGGUAAAUUCAAUCAAAUAUUAUCAGUUGGUGUCUUACCUAAAUCACUUGAAUCAUUGAAGUUUGGAUAUGAAUUCAAUCAAAUAUUAUCAGUUGGUGUCUUACCUGAAUCACUGAAAUCAUUGGUGUUUGGAAAUGAAUUCAAUCAAAUAUUAUCAGUUGGUGUUUUACCUAAAUCACUUGAAUCAUUGAAGUUUGGAAAUGGAUUCAAUCAAAUAUUAUCAGUUGGUGUGUUACCUGAAUCACUUGAAUCAUUGGUGUUUGGAUUUAAAAUCAAUCAAAAUUUAUCAAAAGGUUAUCAAUAUAGAAUUGAGAGAGAAGUUCUACCACAACAUCUUAAAGAGAUAGAUUUCGGUUUACAUGAUCAACCAUUGGAUAUUGGAGUAUUACCACAAUCUCUACAACAUUUAAAACUUAGGUCUUAUAAACACAUGAUUGGCAUUGGUGUUCUUCCAUCAUCACUCAAAAUCAUAUCAAUUUUUAGUCAAUUUGGAGAAUCUAAAACAAAUACCUCGUUACCAAAAUCAAUUUCAUCACUCGUUAUUGGUGGAUAUCAUAAAGAUUUAAAGAAUCAAAGCACAUUUCUUUCAAAUCUAAAUAUUCUUGAAAUUAAUGAUUGUGGUCAGCAAAAAUUUGAAGCAUUGAUAUUAACCAAUUCUCAAGAUUCACUUGAAUUUAUAAAAGAAUUCUAUCCAAUGUAUUAUUCAGAUAACGAUUUAUGGAAGAUCAGAGACUCCUAUAUUUCUUCUCAGUACAUUCUCAAAGGAGAAUACAUCACUGCUCUACUUUUAUCACUAUGGAAUUAA